UCACAUCCGCAAUUAUAUAUUCACUGUAUAGUCUAUAUGAUUGGAUUUUUAGACAUCCGUAUUUUCCGGAAAUAAUCUGGACUUCUCCGUAUUUUCACUAGUGCUUACUUUCUCUUCCUCACCGGUCUAUUGCAAAUGGAUGCCACGACAAAACUGCUCCUGUGGAUAUUGUGACAAAUCACCGUCAAUUUACCAAACAUUACACACUCUGUAAAACUCCUGUAUCAUUUCUGGUGGAAUUAUAAUCUACAAGCUUCACACACAAGUUGUUAUUCUUUAUAAUUUGCCGAGAUUGCGAUACAAUCCCAUGGUUAUACUAGCUGAGUCAGGCUCAGCAUAGUAAAUUGAUGACAACCUGUCUUUACAUAUCCAGACAAGGAACGACAACGUAGCAACUUACAUACCUUUACACUGACAGUGGACUACAUAUCUUGUGUAUACUCGACAGCAACCUAACAACGUUGAGUCAACAUGGAUCCCAGUCAUGAGGAACAACAAGAAGAGAUACAGACCCCAGAGGGAAAGGUUCCAGAUUUAGAACUAUUACAAAAUCCAUCUAAUACAAUCCAGGCAGAUGAAAAUCCCGAGGCAAGGCGAGUUCGUGACCUCACGGAAAAAGGACAAGGAGCUUUCACCGAAAAACGGGACAAGUUCUGUCAGGAACUAGAGGCUCUCUGGGCAGACAUUGAAUCCCAGUUAUUGGAAGUAACAGCGCCCCCUAACGAUCUCCAGCAACUCCUAACAGUCCAGGACAAACUUGUUAAAGCCUGCAAUAAUUAUCGUAGGCUCACAGAUGAAUACCUAGAAUUUCUGAAAAGGACCAGAACAUUGGAGAGUCAAAAAGAAAUUGAUGCAUGUAAACUCUCUUUGGAUUUACGUCUGUCCAAAGUGGAACUUGUUAUGGAAAAACUACACGAGCAUCGCCUCGCCCUAACAAAGGCCAAAUCCACUAAAACAAAGACCUCAAAAGGUAAGAAAACCUCACGCAGUGGUAGCUCUAACGUGUCAGACAUGUCAAGCCUAGCACGGAGAAAGCGUGCCAAGGCAGAGGCUGCCAAGUCUAAAAUAGCCUUUGUAGAAAAACAUGCCAUUAUCCUACAACAGGAAGCAAUGUUAGAGGAACAAGCCCUGUUCAGACAAAUUGAAAUGGAACA